AUGGCUUCACAGCAUGGCAAUGCUGUCACUUCGAUAUCAGUACCUGAUGCGGAUGUCUCACGCUUGGAAUUGGCACCAGCUGGUUUGAAAAAUGAUCUUGAUACGAAUGAUCGUUUCGUUGCUGCCCCUCCAGAUGGCCAGCAUCCUCCUCCUCCUCCUCCUCCACCACCAGCAGGAGGACCGUCAGCACCACCACCACCACCUCCUCCUCCGCCUCCUCCGCCACCACCCCCAGCUCCUGCUGUUGCACCUCCCCCUCCAGCUGGUCCGCAUCCAUACCCUCAAAUCCAUCCUCAUCCUCACCCACAUCCGCACGGCCAUCCCAACCCCCAAGGCCCCCAUCAACCCUCUAACCAAAAUGAACAUGGCUUCGGCAUCUCCUACUCCCCCUACAAAGCAGACCGCAGCUGCAAAACCCAAGAAGAAGUAAACAAAGACCUAGACGGCCUUUCAAAAUACACUUUCAUCAGAAUCUACGGCACAGACUGCGACCAAACCAAAACUGUCUCCGCAGCCGCAAGAAGACACAACAUGCGCGUCUUCGCCGGAAUCUACGACCUAACCGACUUCCCAAACAGCCUAAACGCCUUCGCCAAAGCAGCCCCAACAGGCCCCGACGGCAAGAAGGACUGGUCAACCUACCACACAAUUUCAAUCGGCAACGAACUUGUAAAUGGCAACACAAACAACCCAGCCGAGGUUGUCUCAGCCCUGCACCAAGCACGCACCAUCCUCCGCGGACAGGGAUACACCGGUCCAGUCGUAACAGUCGACACAUUCUCCGUCCUCCUCGACCACCCGGAAUUAUGCAAAGCCAGUGAUUACUGCGCGGCAAAUUGUCAUGCCUUCUUCGAUGCGAGUCAGAGCCCCGGUGGUGCGGGUGCGUAUGCGCUUGAACAGGCGCGUGCCAUCUCUGCCCGCGCUGGCGGGAAACGGACUAUGAUUACCGAGUCUGGGUGGCCGCAUGCUGGGGAUGCGAAUGGGGGUGCUGUCCCCUCUGUUCAGAACCAGAAGGUUGCUGUUGAGAGUCUGAGGAAGAGUUUUGCUGGUAGGAAGGAUGAUCUGGUGCUUUUUACUGCUUUUGAUGAUCUUUGGAAGGAUGAUAAUCAAUUUACUUUCAAUGCGGAGAAGUUUUGGGGGAUUCAUGGGGGUCUUUAG